CAACAUCCAAGGGGGGUGUGUGGUCGCCUCUACCGGAAUCACAGUUUAAAUGUUCGCUCCCUUCACUGCCAGCCUGAGCUCUUAAUGCGACAGAAGCAUCUUCAAGUCCCGUUGAGAAUACAACUAAUUCAGCCUGACUUUACCCAGCCGAGCUUGAGCCAUGUGCGGGAUUUUUGCUUACCUGAACCAUCAAGUGCCUCGCACCAGGAAGGAGAUAUUUGAGACCCUAGUGAAGGGGCUGCAGAGACUAGAGUACAGAGGCUACGAUUCAGCAGGUAUUGCUGUGGAUGGGAAAAGCAAGGAUAACUCUGACAUAAAUGGCAAACCCAUCUGUUUAAUCAAGAAGACAGGCAAGGUCAAGAAUCUCGACGAGGAGCUCUACAAGAAAGACUCUCUAGACCUGGAUGAGGAAAUGUGCACACAUUUCGGCCUCGCACACACUCGCUGGGCCACACAUGGUGAACCGAGCGCUCUCAACAGCCACCCCCAUCGUUCUGAUAACAAUAACGAGUUUGUUGUGAUCCACAACGGCAUCAUCACCAAUUACAAGGAACUGAAGGCCUAUUUGAUCACCAAAGGGUAUGAAUUUGAGUCCGAGACGGACACAGAAGUGAUCCCAAAGUUGAUCAAAUAUGUUUACGACAACCGAGAGGACGACAGCAUCAGCUUCUCCACGCUGGUGGAGAGAGUCAUCCAGCAGCUGGAGGGAGCCUUUGCUCUGGUGUUUAAAAGCCGCCAUUACCCAGGAGAGGCCGUGUCUGCCAGGAGAGGAAGUCCGUUGCUCAUUGGUGUACGAAGCGAGCAUGAGCUGUCAACUGAACACAUCCCCGUCCAGUACAAGGGUGCUCUCCUAAAGGAAGACAUCAAGGAAAAGAACGACCAUAACCGCCAAGACAGCAAUAUUAACGCUGUAGGGGAUGGCAGGGCUGUGGAGUAUUACUUUGCCUCUGAUGCCAGUGCCAUUAUCGAGCACACCAACAAGGUGUUGUACCUGGAGGACGAUGACAUUGCUGUGGUGAGAGGAGGGCAACUUUCCAUCCACAGGAUGAACCGGCAGGCGGGUGAAGACCCUGUGCGGGCCAUCCUGACCCUUAAAAUGGAGCUGCAGCAGAUUAUGAAAGGAAACUUUGAUUCCUUCAUGCAGAAAGAGAUCUUUGAGCAGCCAGAGUCAGUAGUGAACACGAUGAGAGGUCGAAUUUGUUUUGACUCCAACACUGUGAUCCUCGGAGGGCUGAAGGACCACCUGAAGGAAAUCAAACGCUGCAGAAGGCUAAUCCUGAUUGGCUGCGGCACGAGUUUCCAUGCAGCUGUUGCUACCAGACAGAUCCUGGAGGAGCUGACAGAACUGCCUGUCAUGGUGGAACUAGCGAGCGACUUCCUGGACCGCAAUACACCAGUUUUCAGAGAUGAUGUCAGCUUCUUUAUCAGCCAGUCAGGAGAGACAGCAGACACCUUGAUGGCCUUACGUUAUUGUAAGGACAGAGGUGCUCUCACAGUGGGUGUAACCAACACUGUGGGCAGCUCCAUUUGCAGGGUAACAGACUGUGGAGUCCACAUUAAUGCUGGGCCUGAGAUUGGAGUAGCUAGUACCAAGGCGUACACCAGUCAGUUUGUUGCACUCAUCAUGUUUGGUCUGAUGAUAAGUGAAGACAGGCUCUCACUGCAAAAGAGAAGACUGGAGAUCAUUGACAGCCUCAAGGACCUACCUGAGUUGAUCAAACAGGUGUUGUCUCUGGAUGGAAAGAUUAAGACCAUCGCAGAGGAGCUGUACCAACAAAGGUCUCUUCUGGUUAUGGGCCGUGGUUUUAAUUAUGCCACAUGCCUGGAGGGGGCACUGAAAAUAAAGGAGAUCACCUACAUGCACUCAGAAGGCAUCCUGGCGGGCGAGCUGAAGCACGGCCCUCUGGCCCUCAUUGACAAACACAUGCCAGUCAUCAUGAUUAUCAUGAAGGAUGCCUGCUACUCCAAGUGUCACAACGCCCUGCAGCAGGUCACUGCUAGAUCGGGCAGGCCCAUCAUCUUGUGUUGCCAGGACGAUACUGAGGUGAUCAAUGAUGCCUAUCGGACCAUCGAGCUGCCGCGUACUGUCGACUGUCUGCAGGGCAUCCUCAGUGUCAUCCCCCUGCAGAUGUUGUCAUUCCACUUGGCCGUGCUGCGAGGAUAUGACGUUGACUGUCCCAGAAACCUAGCCAAGUCCGUCACGGUGGAAUGAAUACCGAUCACUCAGCACAGGAGAGGAGAAAGGAGGCGUAAAGCUUUGCAGUGCAAUUCUUAAUUCUCUGAAUGUUUGCGUGGACAUGCAUGCGUGUGUGUGUGUGUAAGUAUGCAUGUAAGGUGUGUGUGUAAGUAUGCAUGUAAGGUGUGUGUGUGUGUGUGUGUGUGUGUGUGCGUGUGUAGAAGUGACAAGUUAUAAGGACAGGUAUGAGGUAACUUUUUUAUUUUGUGUUUUUAUUCAAACAAAUGUGAAGUUUUGACCAAUACACUGACGCGGGAGCACGAGUGCCAUUAAGGCUUUGCAUUGAUCACAAUGCACAAAUAUACUGUGCCUUGUAAUAUUACCAGAUGAGCCCAAAUAUAUUUCACUGGCUUCAGAAUAAAAAGCAAUAAGUGCCGUGUUGAAGAAAUUACAUUUGUGCAAUAUGGGACCAAAUGUGCAUUAUGAAUGUACACACUAGUGACUGAACUGCUUUUCUUUUGCUUAUGCUGCAUCUAUUUCCAUUUAUAGUUACAGAGCAUAAUUCCAAAGACUAUUUUGUACUGUAUGUGGGACAUCAAUGCAGUUAAUGAACCUUCUGCGCUUUUUUUAGCAGGAUCUCCCCGAAGAAAAUUCCCAUUCAGUGCUUUUCACUAUAUGCUUGAUUUUUGUAUCCAUAUGUUCUGCCUCAUGUUUUAUUGUUGUUUUACUUCAAUUUGGAACAGAUUGCUCCUGUUUAACACAAGAGGAUAAUGCAUACUGUAAUCAUUGCAUGCCAAAAGUCUGUCUUCGUAUCAUUUUCAUCGAUGUUAAAUCUGAACGUAGUCAUCAUCCAGGAGAAAGAGAUAUAUCCAUUUUUAUCAGUGUGUGAGUUUGGAGAUAUUUGUAUGGGUUUAUAACGGUUAAGAUGUUCUCUAUUUAUCUGAUUUGUAUUUUAUAAAUGUUAAAGAGGGUUUGAUUUAUAUAUGUAACUAUGAUUUUGUUUUAUACUGUUUGUUUUCAUAGACAUACUCUAUCAAUCAAUAACUGGAUAAAGCUUUCCAC